AUGGCACUCCCGCCCCAACUAAUGCACACCCUCGAGGGUCUCAAAUACCAAGUCAAGGAUGCGUUUUGGGCACUUUCUUCGUGCGUUUGCCAGCAGUCUGCCAAAGUGAAGAUCAACGGCAGGACAUUCAAAAUCAUCCGUGUUCUAGGAGAGGGAGGGUUCUCAUUUGUCUAUCUCGCUCAGGACGAGCACAGCGGCAGGCAAUUUGCUUUGAAGAAGAUACGCUGUCCCAGUGGUCAAGAGGAUGUCCGGCAAGCAAUGAGGGAGGUCGAAGCGUACAGGCGUUUCAAACAUCCUAACAUUAUCCAUAUCAUGGAUUCGGCCGUAGUUCAGGAUCCCAACGGCGACGGCCAGGUCGUCUACCUCUUCCUCCCAUUGUACAAGCGCGGCAACCUGCAGGACGCGAUCAACGCGAACUCCAUCAACAACACCCACUUCUCUGAGACUGAAAUGCUUCAGUACUUCAAAGGCACGUGCGAAGCUCUUCGCGCAAUGCACAACUACCACGGCCCCGUCGGGACCAAGAUGGAUGCGUUCUCUUCGCGCUCAACCCAGCCGACUUCACGCCACGCACCGUCUGCUCCAAACUCACCCCGCCAUUCAGAAGACGAUGAAAUGUUCCCACAGCCAGAAGGCGACGGUGAAGGCGGAUAUUCUUACCACGGAGCCUCCUCAACCUCAAGCCGCGCCCCACUUGUAUCACAGAACGGUCCCGGUGAAGAUCAUGAACACGAGCCAUUGUUCGACGGAGAUGAAGAGCUGGAGAGGUUGCAACAUGGGGGCGCAAACGGUCAUGCGGCGUCAGGACAGACUGAACUCGUACCGUAUGCUCACCGUGACCUGAAGCCUGGGAACGUUAUGAUCUCCGAUGACGGUCGACCCAUCCUGAUGGAUUUCGGCAGCACAAUAAAGGCCCGUGUCAAGAUUGAGAAUCGCUCUCAGGCACUUCUUCAGCAGGAUAUCGCUGCGGAGCAAAGCACCAUGUCUUAUCGUGCCCCAGAGCUAUUCGAUGUCAAGACUGGAAUCACCAUCACAGAAGCGGUUGAUAUUUGGUCCCUCGGUUGUCUUCUAUAUGCGCUCGCCUACUCCCAUUCGCCUUUUGAGAACACGCAAACCACGGAGCAGGGUGGCUCAAUAGCUAUGGCUGUGAUGAAUGCCCAAUACAAGCACCCCGCAUCGGCGUACUCACAAGGGUUAAAGGACCUCAUUGAUUCGAUGUUGAAGGUCAAGCCGGAAAGUCGACCCGAUAUCCAUGAGGUCCUCCGUAUGACUGACCGGGUGUUGCAGAGUCUCCGGUGA